UUCUGAUUCUGUUUAUCAUAACAGUCUGCCUACGAUUUAGGUUAAAAUCCUUGAACCAGGGUUUAGGACUUGGCCUGUAGUAUUUGAUGAAAUAUCUAGUACCUUUUUCACCAGCUGUUGUCAUACACCAUUUAUGAAAUUUAUUUCUCAUCAUUUCUUCUCGGUUAAUACACGACAAGGAAGACGAUAGAAUAUGCACCGUUGCCUCUGGAGAAAAAAUCGAGCCUUGCUAGCAAUAUACAUACGUAGGAGCAAUGUAUUGUACAUUAGUACAUACGUAGGACUGUAGGAGUAUUACAUAUAUGGUAGCCACGGAACGCACCAAUAAUAAUAAUAAUUGUAAACAAUAAAUCCAGACUUUUACGUCGCAUUAAAUUUAUGAGUUUAGUUUAUUUGUCAAUAAAUAUUAUCAAAUUUUUGAUCUGACUAUAAGUUUUCGUUUAAAAUUGAUAAAUAUUCCGAAGGUAGGUUUCACUUUCAAUUAUCAAAUUGUUUUCUGACUCCAAAUUAUUUCAGUAUUUAUUGAACACAAUCAACAAGUUUUUUGACAGCUUCGAAGGAUUUAUCUCAACAACUUCUUUGUUGUAUCAAUUUUAUUCAAGAAUUAGAAUCAGUUUAUUUAUUACUUAAAAUUGAUGUUGUCCUCGACAACCCAAAUAUGUUAGAGAUAAAGUGAGUUUCAAAAUUUCAAUAAGGAAACUUCGAGGACAAUCUUAUGGAUUUAAAAUCAGGAAAUUUCCACAAUGCCAAGAUAACAAUGCCUGACCUCUUUUAAUCCUGACCCAAACACUCUAAUGUGAUAUGCAACCUGGUCAGUUUGUUUCUGGACAUCGCCCGGUGUAGCUUAUGCCAGAUUGUUUUCCUGAUAAUAAUAUCUGAAAUUGCUAUUUUUAUCAGUUUUUUUUGUUGGCUAUAAUAGCAAUUCCAAAAUGGUUAAUGAAGAUGAUAGUAAGUUGUUUGAAGAUUCUGAUCCAUCAAAAAACACGGAGACAUCUUCCCAAAGUAUCCCUGGGGUUUCUUCAGAUUCAGGAAAACAAUGGGCAUCGAAUUUUUCGACAUCAGCAUCGCCACCGAAAUUUGUAUCUCUUGAGGAAAUAAUGCAAGCAGCGAAUGGAAUGAAAAAUAUGGCACUCGCUCACGAAAUUGCUGUUGACAAUAACUUUCAACUACAAAAAUUGGAACCUGGAGACGACAGUAUACAAAAAAAAGUCAAAGAAAUAAUGCACAGAGCAUUUUGGAAUGUUUUGGCUGAACAAUUAAUGGAAGAUCCACCAAACUAUACACAUGCACUGGUUCUUCUCCAUGAAAUAUGUGAGUCCCUUGAGGAUCUGGUGCUUCCUCAUCAUACUAAAAUACGUGAAAAUUUACGUGAAGUACUUGAUAUUAAUUUAAUUAAACAACAAGCUGAAAAUGGUAUUCUAGACUUCCAGCAUUAUUCACACUAUGUUUUAUCAAUAAUGGCUAAAGUUUGCGCGCCAGUACGUGAUGACAGAAUUCAUGAUUUAACACAGUGUACGGAUGUCGUCAAAACAUUCAAAGGAAUUAUGGAAACAAUUCAAUUAAUGAGAUUAGAUCUUGCUAAUUUUACUAUUUCAAUGAUGAGACCGAAUAUCGUUGCAUCAAGUAUUGAAUAUGAAAAAACUAAAUUUGCGGAGUUCCUUAAAGUUCAAGCUGAUGGUUUAGCAUAUACCAGAAGAUGGCUAUUGAAACAUUUGACUGAUGAAAAAAUAAAAGCAGCCGCUGGGGAUACGAAUGGUAUUAAUCAUAUUACACAUUUUUUGCUUGGUGAGGCAUACUUGGAUCUUCUGAAUUGGGAUUCAAGUCCGGAAGCAGAGACACUCAUGCUUGACCAAGGUAGACUUUUGGAGCUUCGUGAUAAGGUUAAUCGGCUUACGAUUGUCGGAUCAGUCCUGUUACUUUGUGGUAAUACCAUUGGAGCUGCUGUUCAAGGUCUUGCUGAUUUUAAAAAAAACAUUAAAGAACAUUUGGAUGUUCUCUUGGAUUCUAUCCAUUCAAAUAAAAUGCUUAGAGAAGUCAUGCCAAAUAUUGUCAUUCAGAUUAACCAAGAUAUUAAAAUGACAUUGAAUAAAAUUGGUGCUCCAGAACUUACACAAAGUGUUGAAGCUAUUCUUAAAGGACAAAUUAUGGAUCUUGUUAAUGAAGAUCAUAAAAUUCGACAUCUUGUUAAUCUACGAAUAAGACAAUUUCUUCAAAAAAUUAUUCUAUCCAAAAAUACUGUUCAUACACAAGUGCCUCCAGGUCUAUCGUCACUUCAAGAAGAACUUGCAGCAAUUGCUGCAAGAUUUUUUAUUCUUGUUGCUCAUAAUCGAAGUGUAUUUAGUGAAUAUUACCAAGAGAUUAUCACAACUGAGAUUGCCAAACGAAAUUUAACGUUACGAUCAUCUGAACCUGAAGCUGACUCUAUGGAUGUUUAAAUAAACUACGAGUUAUUGAGCAUCAAG